AUGGCCUCCGCCUCGGAUGAGCCAAGUGUCCCAGCUGACUUGACCGGACGUGCCCAAUCCCCACUCUCCGACGACGGCGAGCGCCCCGUCCGCAAGCAACUCAAAGAGACCUCUAUCGACCCCACCCCGCAAACCACCUCCCAUACCUCGACCGCUCCUUCAGCCACGGAGAAUGGCAGCAGCAGAAAGCGCUCCUUUGAAGAAUCCCGCGACGACACCGAAGACCCCAACGAGAACGGAGACGACCGACGCAAGCGAUCGCGCGAGACUACACCAGAAGUUGCUGUGAAGCAAGAGCGCGUCAGCAUUGACAACGAAACAUACGUGAGUCUCCCUUCCUACCAGGAUUCCGAACUGGCUGCCCCUGCGAACAUGGCCUCGGAAAAAUCUUCCCUCUACUCGACCUCCGACAAGUCCUCCCUGCAUGGUGUUCCCCGAGAGUUCAGAGACACAGCCCGCAAGCUUCAAGCCAUCUCCCAGAAACUAGAGGGCAUGGCAAGCGCUCUCAUGGAAGUCACCUGGGAGCUCGAGGAACUCAUUCACCCGGGAAUCUUCGAUGGCCCCCAAUUCACCGUGCCUACAUCUGCAGUGGCUGAGCCUGUGCCUGUCAUUGGACGUCGACCAACAUUGACCCCGGAGCUAGAGGCCGAGGUCAUCGACCUUACCUCAGAGUCGGAGGUUGAGAUCAUUUCCAUUUCUUCGGAUAACGAUUCGGUGGAUUCACAUAUUGUUGAAGGAAAGAAUGAUACCAACAAGUUUUUGCAGGAUCCCAAGACUCGGUCGACCGACGCGAUGAACGACGAAUCUCCAAAAGCCCUCACAAAGAAGCGAAGCCGCGAGCAGCUUGAGGAUGGAACUUCUAAGAAGUCCACGGAUGUCGCCGUGAAGACCGAAGACUCGCCGGAGAAGAAGCGACAACGUGAUAGUUCGCAGGAACGUGAAACGAACGUCAACAAGGCAUUUGCUCAGAGCGCAUUUGGAAGCGCAUCCACGAAUUCCCCAUUUGCUUCACUUGGAGGUUCCAAGGCGCAGGAAAAUUCGACCAACGAAAAGCCGGCUUCCUCCUCCGCGUUCGCCUCCUCAACUCUCGGUUCUUUCGCCGGCUCCGAGAACUCACCAUUUAGUGCACUCGGUUCUUCAACCUCGUCUGUUUUCAAGUCCGGCACCGGCACUUCGGUCUUUGGAUCAGCCUCGGGCGCCACAGGCUUCGGCGCUCUGGGAAGCGGGUUUGCAGGAGUUGGCGGUGGAUUCGGCGCUCCUGGUAAGUCCGCCGGUCUGACCAACUUCGCAUCUCCCAAUGCCCCUGCGACCUUCGGAGAGUCGAAGCCCAAGGCAAUCGGGGCCGAGGAGUCCGAAGAGGAGGAGGAGAGUGACGAGGAGGGCGAGGAGACUAGCACCUUCGAGGCUGACAAAACUGAUGAGCGCUUCUACGAGCAGACCAUCGAGACUGGCGAAGAGGGCGAGGAGACUGCUUUCUCUUCUAAGGGUAAGCUGUUCCACUUCUCAAACGGGGAGUGGAAAGAGCGUGGCUCGGGCACCUUCAAAGUCAAUGUUCGGGAUAAAGACACCGGCAAACAGACCGGCCGCAUGAUCAUGCGCGCUGACGGCAACAUGCGCGUUAUACUGAACAGCCCGAUCUUCAAGGGCAUGAAAUGUGGCGAUAUUGCGGACCAGGAGCCCACUACUAAGCAACUCUUCCUGGCCAGCAAUGAAGAAGGUCGCACGAUUCCCCUAUUGCUGCGUGUUCCCAAUGAGGCUGUUGCGAAAGAUCUGUAUGCAAUUAUCAGGGAUAUUCUGAGCGAUGAGUGA